AGUUAUACUUCCGUGUGUAAAUUUGUAAAAUACACUUUUUGGAGUUUUUGCCUUUGGUGACUUUUUGUCUCGUCGUCGAUUUGUCGCUUUUCUCUGGCAAAUUGAUUACACACUUAUCUUUGUUUUCAUUUAUUUUUGUGUCGAUUAUAACACGAAAACCUUGCUGAGAUAUUGAGAGUGCGAGUUGUGACGCGGGACCGUGAGAGAUGGAGCCGAGUGCCGAGUCUGGCAGCAUGUCGCUGGCGCGCGUGAAGCUGGAGCCCGAGACGGACCAGUCGGAAAUGAUCAUUGUUAAAGAAGAAGCUGUAUUCCUGGAUGAAGAGGAGCGCGUGAAGGAGGAGUGGUCGGACAGCACGGCCGGGCGCGGCGUGAGCGAGGCAGCCAUGCUGGCCGACUUGUACAUCGAGCACGAGGUGAAGGACGAGCUCGUGCUGGGGCCGGAGCGCCCGCACCGCCCCGUAGCCGCCCCGGCCGCCCUAUCUUACCGUGUCGCAGCGUCCGCUGAACAUAAACCUUUCUGGUGUUGUCAAUGUGACUACAAGUGUAAAAGCAAAUCAAAUUUACAGAAGCACCUGUUGACACACAAAGACGAAAAGCCUUUCAGGUGUAGCCACUGUGACUACAAAUGUAAACGACAAGCCAAUUUAAAGUCUCACCUGAUUACUCACUCUGACGAAAAACCUUUCGAGUGUAGUCUAUGUGACUACAAGUGCCGAAGCAAAGCAUAUUUACGGAAGCACCUGUUGACACACACAGGGGAGAAGCCAUUUAAAUGUAGCCACUGUGACUACAAAUGUAAACAACAAGCCAAUUUAAAUUCUCACCUGUUGACACACACAGACGAAAAGCCUUUCAGGUGUAGCCACUGUGACUACAAAUGUAAACAACAAGCCAGUUUAAAGUCUCAUCUGAUUACUCACUCUGACGAAAAACCUUUCGAGUGUAGUAAAUGUGACUACAAGUGCCGAAGUAAAGCAUACUUACGGAACCACCUGUUGACACACACAGGGGAGAAGCCAUUUAGUUGUAGCCACUGUGACUACAAAUGUAAACAACAAGCCAAUUUAAAUUCUCACCUGUUGACACACACAGACGAAAAGCCUUUCAGGUGUAGCCACUGUGACUACAAAUGUAAACAACAAGCCAAUUUAAAGUCUCACCUGAUGACUCACUCUGACGAGAAGCCUUUCAGAUGUAGCCACUGUGACUACAAGUGUAGACAAAAAGCAAAAUUAAAUUCUCAUCUGAUUACUCACUCUGACGAAAAACCUUUCGAGUGUAGUCAAUGUGACUACAAGUGUCGUAGCAAAGCAUAUUUACGGAAGCACCUGUUGACACACACAGAGGAGAAGCCAUUUAGUUGUAGCCACUGUGACUACAAGUGUAGAAGAAAAGCAGAUUUACGGAAGCACCUGUUGCCAGUGCCACACACAGACGAGAAGCCAUUUAGUUGUAGCUUCUGUGACUUCAAGUGUAAACUUAAAUCUCAAUUAAAUUCUCACGUGAUUACUCACUCUGACGAAAAACCUUUCGAGUGUAGUCAAUGUGACUACAAGUGUAGAAGAAAAGCAAAUUUACGGAAUCACAUUUUGACACACACAGACGAGAAGCCUUUCAGCUGUAGCAACUGUUACUACAAGGGUAAGAGAAAAUCAGAUUUACGGAGGCACCUGUUGAUUCACGCAGUCCACAUAUAGACGAUAAGAUAUUUAGUUGUAGCCACUGUGACUACAAGUGUAGAAGUAAAACCAAUUUGAACUCUCAUCUGAUGACUCGCAGACACUGACGAGAAGCCUUUUAGCUGUAGCCACUGUGGCUACAAGUGUAGAAGUAAAACCAAUUUGAACUCUCAUCUGAUGACUCACAGACACUGACGAGAAGCCUUUUAGCUGUAGCCACUGUGGCUACAAGUGUAGACGGAAAUAUCAAUUACAGUCUCAUCUGUUUACUCACUCUGACGAAGAAACUUGUGAGUGUAGUCAGUGUGACUAUAAGGGUACCUAAAAGAAAAUCGGAUUUACGGAGACACCUGUUGACAGUGUUGACAUUGACACACCAAAUACCCUAUUAAGUGUGUACGAAAGGAUUUUGGAAACAUGCACGAGUUCAAUCAAACGUAGUGGUACACUUGUUUACAUAAUUAGAGAAUUCAGUUUACUUCUUCGCCGGUGACCAUAAUAUCGUCACCCUAGUUCACAAUCGUACUAACAUCUUAUAGUAGCAGUAGUAACACGCUUUA